AUGGCUUUCCAGGCUCCGGUCAGCACUCAGGCCAUCGCCUCUGCUACCAAUGAGCUCUGGCCGUCAAUGUCUGCUGCCCUGCAGGCACCCUGGCGCGCCUUCAAACGUCCUACGCCACCUAUCGCAUCGAAACAGCACGCCAAUGAGCGCGCGCUGCACACCUCGCAACCACCGACGGCAAAUGUUGCCGUUCCGGACUGCUUGGCUUCGGUACCGGUGUCGGCUUUGCGAUUCCGUCCGUCGUCCGGCGCAUUUGGUUCAUCUCCAACUGUGGCUGGCAUGCUUUCGCAAGUUUCUUCGAGCGCGUUGAGGCGGUUUAGCCCGCUUUCUCAUACCCUCCCUACUCGGCAAUACUCUACUCUUACUCAUCUCGGUCCCUUGAAGCUGAACGCUAUCCCAAGGUCUGGUCUUCUCGGUCUGACUCAACAGCGCACCAUCUUCGGCGGCAACACUUCUCGGAAUCUUCUGGCACACAUGGAACAAACUGCGAACAACAACCCCCACAGCGCCACUGCUCAGAAUGCCUUCUACUCUGCUCUUCUCCGCGCCAAUCUGCCGCAGCUCGUCGUCGAGCGGUACCAGACUGGCAGGUUUGCUACUAACCCCGCCUGCGACACUAUGUACAUGCGCGCCUUGGAGAGGGUCGGUCAAUCGGAAAAUGCCGGUAUAGCAAACAAUGCCGCUCCCGGGGGACAAUCCACUGGCCUUGGAAUGGAUCAGAUUCAGUCUAUCGGACAAGCCGUGGGCGCGCGCGUUCGCGGCGGGAAUGUGGCUACCGCUCGUAGUGGUACCGGCGACAGGGCAAGCCCGCUCUAUGUCGUCGUGGACGAAUCUACCGGCAGCACCAUCUUUAAGUGGAUCAAAUUCUUCCUCUGGUUCGGUCUUUUGACCUAUAUUACCUUCGUCACUGUCACUCUUGUUGUCGAGGCUAGCGGCUUGCUGCAAAGGCGCGGCUCGAAGCAGGAUAUGGAGGCAAAGCCAGAGCUCCAGACUACUCGGUUUAGCGACGUUCACGGCUGCGAAGAGGCAAAGGAGGAGCUCCAGGAGCUCGUCGACUUCCUCAAGGCCCCUGACAAGUUCAACGCGCUCGGUGGCAAGCUCCCCAAGGGUGUUCUCCUGGUUGGUCCUCCCGGUACUGGUAAGACUCUCCUCGCUCGCGCCGUCGCUGGUGAGGCCGGUGUUCCAUUCUUCUACAUGUCUGGCUCCGAAUUCGACGAGGUCUACGUCGGUGUUGGUGCUAAGCGUGUGAGGGAACUCUUUGACGCCGCCAAGAACAAGGCCCCUGCAAUUGUGUUCGUUGAUGAGCUGGAUGCCAUUGGUGGCAAGCGCAACGACAGGGAUCACGCCUACGUCAAGCAGACUCUCAACCAGCUUCUCACGGAACUCGACGGUUUCGAGCAGAACUCUGGUGUUAUCUUCAUUGCCGCAACCAACUUCCCGGAACUCCUCGACAAGGCUCUGACUCGUCCUGGCCGCUUCGACCGUAACGUCGUCGUCCCUCUUCCCGAUGUCCGUGGCCGCUCUGCUAUUUUGAAGCACCACAUGAGGAACAUCCAGACCGGAACUGACGUCGACUCUGAUGUCAUUGCGCGUGGUACCCCUGGCUUCAGCGGUGCGGAACUCGAGAACAUUGUGAACCAGGCCGCCGUGCAUGCUUCCAAGAACAAGCAAAAGAGGGUUACUAUGAUUGACUUCGAAUGGGCCAAGGACAAGAUCUUGCUGGGCGCUGAGCGUCGUUCUGCUAUCAUCCAGGAGAAGGACAAGAUUGCUACGGCGUACCACGAGGGCGGCCACGCUCUGGUUGCCAUGUUCACCAAGCACACGGAUCCCCUCUACAAGGCUACCAUCAUGCCUCGCGGACAUGCUCUCGGUAUCACCUUCCAGCUGCCCGAAAUGGAUCGUGUUAGUCAGACCAAGUUGGAAUAUCUUGCGCACAUUGACGUCUGCAUGGGCGGUAAGGUCGCUGAGGAGCUUGUAUAUGGACCAGACCACGUGACGUCUGGCGCCUCCAGCGACAUCCAAAAGGCGACUGCCAUGGCGUACGCCAUGGUCACACAGAUGGGCAUGAGUGACGAACUGGGCAACAUUGAUCUCUACAGCAACUUCUCGCGCCUCUCGUCCGAGACCAAGAACAAGAUCGAGGACGAGGUGCGCAAGAUCCUGGAUGCGUCUCGGGAUCGUGCGCGGGCGCUCCUCACGGAACGUCGCCUCGAGCUUGACCGUCUGGCCAAUGCUCUUGUGGAGAACGAGAGCUUGACUAAGGACGAGAUGGAGAUGGCUGUGCGGGGCGAGAAGCUGCCGGACAGGUUAAAGAGCGAUUUCAGUCUGCCCAUCAAGCUUCCCGAGACGUUCCUGCCGCCGGCGAUACCGGGAAGCGGGAACCAAGGCGGCAACUCGCCGGCGCCCGGCCCAGGAUCGGGGCUCCCCGGAUCCAAUGGCAUGGAUGGUCGGUGA